AUGACAUCUGAUGUGGAAGUCUUCAGGCAGAAGAUGAAGGGUGGGAGAAUGACCAGCAAACAGUGGGUGACAGCCACCUCCAGUCCUCCAGCUCUUCACCUGAUGAGCUCACUAGCCAAAAAUCCUAUAAACCAUCACACACUAGGUCUGCAGAUUUUUAUGGGCCCUCUGGUGUCACCGAAACUGCGGGAAAAUCAAAAGCCCUCCAACAAUAUUUUUAGUGUUAGAGAAACAAGGCAUUACUUUCUCUGGCCAGAAUGUGAAAUCAUUUCAUCCACACAUAGCCCAGACAAAUAUUCCAAAUGGCUCCCAGAGCUGGAGUCACUGAUGCCCAACACCCUGGAUUACAGCUGAUCUGUCAAGGAAUUGGGGAAUUCCCUGGGUAAAUGCAAGAACAAGAACGUGCAGCAGAUCUUGACUAACGCCACCAUCACAGUGGUCAGCGUGGUGGCCUCCACCACCCAGAGGCAGCAGCUCCCGGAGGAGGAGCUGGGCAGGAUUGAGGACGCGUGUGACACGGUGCUGGCACUGAGCGGGGCCAAGCUGCGCAUCUAUGAGUACGUGGAGUACGUGUCCUUCAUCGCCCCCAGCCUCUCCCUCAUCCUCGAGGCCUCCACAGCUGUCGAGAUCACGGGGGUGGCAGGGGGCCUGACCCCGCUGUCCAAGCUGCCAGCCUGCAACAUCCUCCUGCUGGGGGGGCCAGCGCUCUCUGGCUUCUCCUCCACUUCCAUCCUGCCCCACACCAGCUUCACCCACCGCAGCGACAUCGCCCGGCCCUGAUUUGAGGAGGAAAGCGAUGUGGCAGCCAGAGGGGACAGAUUCCACGGGAGCCGAGACGGGAAGGCGGGCUACGAGCUGAAGGAGGAGAUCGAGUGCAAGUUCAGCAAGUGGCGGAGCCUGGGCCCUGUGAAGCCGCUGCCAGCGCCGCUGGACGGGCUGAGGGAGAAGAGGAAGGGCUGGCGGUACUGGAAGAUGAAGGAACGCUUGGGGCUGACGGAGAUCCGCAAACAGGCCAACAGGAUGAGCUCUGGGGAGAUGGAGGAGGACCUCGGGUUCAGCCUGGGCCACCUGGGCAAGGCCAGCGGUGGCCGCAUGCACCAGAUCCAGGUCAAGGCCACCAAGGCCUGGAUCAGGAAAACCCUGCAGAGGCAAAGUGUCAUCCACAGGGGCAAAUCCACGAUCCAGGACCGCAGCUCAGGCACGGCCUCGUGCGUAGCCUUCGCCUCCCUGCAGGAGCUGGAGAUCAUGAACCUACAGGCAGCCAAGAAGAAAGUGGCUGAGGCCAACCAGAAAUAUUUCUCCAGCAUGGCUGAGUUUCUCAAGGUCAAGGGGAACAACAGUGGGGUCUCCAUUCCCCCGACCCCACUGGGAUCCCCAAUUCUCACCCUGUGACCCCCAAAUUCCCAAGGAUUCUGCCCCAGUGUCACUUUCCUAAACUUUUUAUAAAUAUUGGAAUUUGUGGUUG